AUGGCGCCGCCUCCUGGACCUUACUCCGGCUCCAGCACUCUAGCUCUGGUGGCUCGUGUUUCUGCUUUCUCUUUCGGUCUCGUUUACGGGAGUGUGAAGCUUAAGUAUCUCAAGGCUAAGGCAAAGUCACAAAAGAAAGCUGAAGAAAAGGCAAAGGCAAAGGCUAAUCACUGA